GUUUACUUUGCGCACGUGUUUAUGUUCAACGCUCUGUAUUGUUUUUGUAAAAACUGAAGUUAUCUAAUGAAUUGCGGAGGAGUAAUCCUAUAAUAAAUAGAAAUGGUAAUUCACGAAGAUAGCGAGUGUCCAGUUGAAAUUGCGGUCAUAAGGAAACCCGAAAUCCUGGAGCCGAAAAAAUAUCUUAUGAUCAACAACCACAUCCGAGAACUAAUCAACAAAGAGGACAGCCCUUCAGAUGACUCCUCUAGCGACCAACAAUUAGAAGAAGAAGGAAAUGAAGACAGUAAAAAGCGCGGUAGGACAUCCUCAAAGAAAUCGAAGAAGAGAAAAACUGAGUCUGAAGAUAACACAAAAGUUAACGAAAUUAGUGAAAGUGAUUUAUCAGAACUUCGAACUGUUUACCAAAACUGUUUGGCCGUUAUCAAUAAAAUUGAGCUCAAGUAUGGGCAUCUACUGAAUAUUGAUACACCAGGCCAUAGUAGGUUGCAAAAUGGAUACAAUUGUGAUGGAGGUCAGAGAUACAAUGAAUGCCACUGCAUAAAGAACAAAAAGAUUGUAUUUGAUGAUGACGGCCAACAACAUACACAGGAAAUUGAAGACCACAUAUGCCCUCCGAUGCCUAAGAAGUAUGCAAAACCAGCGGAGUGUAGUGUAACUACAGAUAGCGAAGAUUACAACUUAUCCUUACCGGACGAUUUGCCGAGCUUAGCAAAGUUGCUUCAGGACCCAGAGUUAAAUCAUCGAAAUAAAGUUAUAGACAAAAUAAAGAGCAUAAAACAAGAUCAUUUGAACGAGCUCAGAUUUAACCGGCCAGCUAUAAUACAAGCUAUCAAACGAGAUCCCAAUGAGGUGUUAGGGUUUUUAGGGGUUAAUUUUGCUUCCUUGCCUGGGUAUUCAUAAUUUUUUAAGUGCUAGUUAUAUAAGCUGUUAUUGUUUU